UAACAAUUAAACAACAAUGGCCAAAGUUCAUCCUCAAGAACAAGAAUCCACAACAUCAUCUCAGUCUCAUGAUGAUCAGUGUCUUAAUAAAAGAGAGAGAUAUACUUUAUGGAUGAAAUCACUUGUUCUCCACUCUAAUGGCUGCACUGUCUAUGAUUCAAAUGGUAACAUAGUUUACAGAGUUGAUAACUAUGAUACAAAGGGUGGAAGAGAAGUUAAUCUCAUGAAUCUAAAAGGAAAUGUUGUUUGCACUAUCAAAAAGAGAUUACUAGCUUUUGGAUGUUGGGAAGGACACAAAUACUGCAACAAUUCUGAUUCUAGAAAGCAACCAUGGUUUCAAGUUAAAAGAUGUAUCACAGGGAAAAUAGCAUGCCAGAUUAAAGUUGAGUCCCAAAAUUUAUGCAUAGAAAGAAUCAGUAUUAAGAAUGCAUUUGGUUUUCGGAUAGUAAAUGAAAAUGGACAAUUAAUAGCAGAGGCAAAGCAAAAACUAUCAUCCUCAGGGGUUGUUUUGAGUAAUGAUGUUCUAACUUUGGAUUUGGAAUCUGGCACAGAUCAUUCCCUUAUAAUGGCUUUGAUUACAGUAUACGGACUGAUAUGUGGAAAAUUGUAGAUAUUAAUUUCAUAUAUGACAGAUCUUAUACACAAAUCAAUUUAUAUGUAGAACAUUAUUCAGCAAACGUUUCCUCUUUCUACACUGUCUCAUAAGUUUUAUAAUGUUUUGUUUUUUGAUAGUUUUUUUACAUAGUGUGCAUUUUCUAAAGUUUUGUUUGGCUCAAUUUUGUAAAAAUAUAUGAUGAGCAUCAUCACAAUCAUUUUCAAA